GUAUCGUAUUGUUCUUCAAAGUCAACCUCGUUCUUCUCACGCAGAAGGUCGAGCGCAAAAUCUGCGCUCUGGUGCAACGACCGGGAGAGAAAUCUGCGUGGAAAAAGACUGCAUCCAGCGGGUAUUUCCUCGCGCGAUGCACCACGUCAACAUUCAAAAUUCGAAGGUCAAAUUUUCUCUAAAUUUUGGUGAAAAAGGACAGUUUGAAUUUUGAAUUUUAUGAAAAAUGGGAGCAGGAUCGUCUGUGGAAGAGAUACCGGGAGGAGGAACAGAAGGCUAUCAUGUUUUGCGAGUGCAGGAUAACUCCCCAGGGUACAAGGCUGGCUUGGAGCCAUUCUUUGAUUUUAUUGUGGCGAUUGAAAACACAAGAUUGGACCAGGAUAAUGAAAGUCUAAAAGAAAUACUCAAAGCCAAUGCAGAGAAACCUGUUAAGAUGAUAGUUUACAGUAGCAAGACUUGCAAAGUUAGAGAGGCAAGUAUUACUCCCAGUAAUCUAUGGGGAGGUCAAGGGCUGCUUGGUGUAAGCAUCAGGUUUUGUUCAUUUGAAGGAGCAAAUGAGAAUGUAUGGCAUGUACUGGAAAUUCAGCCCAACUCUCCUGCAGACAUUGCAGGCUUUAGACCAUUCACAGAUUACAUAAUUGGAGCGGACUCUGUACUGCACGAGACUGAAGACUUGUUUGCUCUGAUUGAGAGUCAUGAGGGUAAACCUCUGAAGCUUUAUGUUUACAAUUCGGAGACAGAUGGAUGUAGGGAGGUUACGUUAACUCCUAACAGAGCCUGGGGGGGUGAGGGAAGCAUUGGCUGUGGUAUUGGCUAUGGAUACCUGCACAGAAUACCUCUAAGAGAUGAAGCAAACAGGCCCAAAGAUGUCCCUGUUAUUACCCCAGCAUCCGCAUCAGAUGGCUUCUCAGAGGUUCCUCUUAUGGCACCAACAACAGUUUCAGCAACAGCACCAGCACAAACAAAUGGUCUUGAUAUUGGUAUGGUGAACCUGAACCUCUCUGAUCCUACGAUCAUUCCUGGUCAAGUUAAUCCAUUUGCUGCAGCACCAACACAACAGCCUGGAGUAAGUCAGGCCAAUCCUCUGAUCGCUGGUAUGCCUACCAUGACUUCACCAAGCUCUUCUGUACAGCAACCAUUACCAUACAGCCCACAUAAACGGGAGAUGACGAAUUCCCCUGGUUUAGUAAACGAACAAGUAAACACCACUUCUCUGACCCCACAACUUGACCCAGGUACAGUUUCACCUGCACCCGCCGUCCUUUUAAACCCCUCGUUUAACCCCUCCGAACAACCCUCGCUUCUAGCAGCUGGAGGACCCACCGUGACCGCCACCCCCUCACCUUUACUCACUGACAUAACUGCGGGUGCUAUACCCUCAACUGCGAGUGUCGCCCUACCAUCUGCGGGCGUUCCUACUCAAGCUAACGUGGAAAUUCCGCUGAACACGAGCUGAAUAUAGUUGAAUAUAUGAGGAUAUGAACAUUUAACAUACGAUAAUAUACUAUUAUAACAUCAUAUUAUUAUAUAAUAUUACUCAUUUAUACAUGAACACAGUUCAAAAUAAAAA